AUGGCAAAUAUGAAAGUGACAGAAUUGUGGGAAGAAGCCAAAAGACUCGUGGACAUUAGCAAUCCAAGGAACAAUGGUGAUACGUUGGGUAAUGAUUGUGCACGUGGAACAUUGGUGUUAGACCCUCCAUGUGUGAAAGAAAAAGGAGUCACAAAUGCUCGCAAGAAAAGCUAUUUGGAGAAGAAGAAGCGAAGGAAGAGUGGAGUUAAUCCUACCUCCAAUUUUGCUACCAUACUUCAGCGUAAUGAUCAGAUGUUACAUCUAUCUCAGGACUCUUCGAACAAAAUUGCUGAAAAUGAUAUGAGCAGGGAGCUACCAGACUUGAGUCAUGGUGGGCAAGAUAUUUCAGAAUGUUCUCCACAGCACUUUUGGGGAAGAAUGUCGACUGACAUGGAAGACCAUUUACUCUUCUCAUACUAG